AUGGUAUCUCUUGAAGAGGAGGAGGACCGUGAUAUGGGAGGUUCCCAAGACGGAAGCUCCGAUAAUGAGAACGAAAUUGACGAUACCAUGCGUGAUGUCGACGAUGGUGAUGGAGACAAUGACAAUGAUCAGGAUCAGGAUCAGGAUCAGGAUCAGGAUCAAGAUGGCGACCAAGACGGCGACCAAGACGGCGACCAAGACGCGGACAGUCCCUCCAACACGAGUCAGGCCUCCGAUGGCGCCGGAAUGGCCUCACAACAGAACACGGAUGGCGAUAGCUCAAGGCUAGAAGCAUUCUCUAUCUAUCAUCCCAGCGUGCGCGCCGAGUGCCUAACCGCCAAAACGUACGAUAUCGUCCCAACCACUGCCGCGCCGCAUGCCACUUCAAUCAAUGCCAUUACGGCUACCGCCGAUAUGCGCUGGGUCUUUACAGGAGGAUCGGAUGGAUUUGUGCGCAAAUUCAACUGGGCAGAAUCGAUCAACAGCAAGCUCAUGUUGACUGUGGCGCAGCGGCAUCCCUUCGUGGACAGUGUCGUGAAGGCUGGAGUGCUGAUGACGUACUGGGAGAACAUGGAUGGGAGCCACUUGUCGCCGGUUUAUUCCCUGGCCGCCCAGAGCGAAGGCUUAUGGCUGCUAUCUGGACUUGACUCUGGUGCAAUUCGAUUGCAAACUCUGCGCCAUGACGAAGGGAAGGAGGUUGCUCUUCUGCAACAACAUACAUCUGCAGUGUCCUCGCUGAACCUGACAUCGGAUGAACAAUCAUUGCUGUCUGGAAGCUGGGAUAAGCGGGUAUUCGACUGGGAUCUCAACACCGGACAGGCUAGACGAGCCUUUGGAGGGAGUGCUGGCCAAGUUUCUGCAGUUCAGAUUCGCCCGGAGUCAAACCUUCCAGUACCCAAAGACACUAUUGAUCUCCAUCAGUCCAAUGGGACGUAUACAUCGAACUAUGCAGCACCUGGCACAGACAAUUUCAACUUCAUGGAUACGACACAGGACGCUGCAGACGCAGAUCAAGCCGAAAACCCGCAGGCGGGCUCACCGGCUGAUUCUCUAUUCGGUGGUGCUGAUUCAUUGUUCGGCGAUGCGGAUGGAGGUGCAGCUGAUGGCGGCGCCCCAUCGGGGGGUGUAUUCGGAGUAGAUGAGGACGAUGAAUUUGGCAGAGCCAUGGCCCAUGGAGCUAUGGCAGAUGCAGAUGCGCCGGGUGAAAUUGACGACGAAGUGCCAGCACCCCCUAGCAUCAUAAAUGCCCAAAACGAACAAAGCAAAGUGGCAGAACAGUCACCUCAAAAGCUGGAAUCUUCGAGUCAGCAGAUGGAUUUGACAGAUUCCAACAUUCCCACUGGAGCAGUACAGCCUGUUGCCAAUGGGAUACCCAAGGCAGAGGAUCUCGAGACUUCUCAUGGUCACGACUUCUCACAGAACAUGCAAUCAGUGCAAGGCAACCAGACAGAUAACACAUUCCUGGCUGCGUCUAUGGAUGGAACAAUCCGCAUAUGGGACCGCCGACAGCCCGACCCUGUUGCUCGCAUCUCCCCUCAAAAUGCCCCUCCCUGGUGUAUGAAUGCCUGCUGGUCCCCUGAUGGCAACUAUAUCUAUGCAGGACGACGAAAUGGCACUGUCGAGGAGUACAGUCUCCACAAGGGCCUCAGAAAUGUUGAGCGGACAUUCAAAUUUCCUCAAGGAAGUGGACCAGUGACAGCACUCAAGGCCAUGCCGAAUGGGCGGCAUCUUGUUUGCGCUUCUCAUGAUAUUCUCCGACUCUACGACCUGCAAAACGAACAGAAUGAGCAAUCCCGCUCAGCUGUGCCCUUCCUCAUUAUUCCAGGUCACCGUACGGGAACUAUUUCCCAGCUCUAUGUUGAUAACGCGUGUCGCUACAUGAUCUCUACAAGUGGGAACCGUGGCUGGGAAGGUAAUACUACCGAGGUUCUCCUUGGUUAUGAGAUUGGGGUCCCUCAAUAA